AUGUCAUCGCGGCGCAUAGGCUUGGCCGCCGCCGGUAGCCUCACGCGACAACACCCCUUCCCCUCGCCAUGCGCGCGCUGCCAAUGGCGCCGCACCCUCUCGACCACCUGCGCGCGGCGCGGGCCUCGCACUGAGAAGCCCGCGGCCGGCGCCUCCAUGGACCCCCAGAGCGAGAUUGCCGGCCCGGCCAUCGAGGCACCGCGCAGCUACGGCAAGCGCUACGAUGGCGUCUUCACACCCAAGCCGCUGCCGCGCCCGAUCGGCAUGCCGCUGCCCCCGCGAGCCGGCGAGAACACGGGCAUCGACGACCGCACGCGCGAGCAGCGCAAGAAGGACUUUGCCGACUGGGACAAGCACCUGGCACGGCGCAAGGAGCUCACCGCGCAGCUCUCACGGCCCUACUUCCGCGACUGGAAUAACCUCAAGUACCACGACGGCAAGUCCUUCAUCGCGCCACCGCGGCUCUUCAAGGCCGAGUUCUCCCUCUUCUUCCCCAACCUCUACGGCCAGACGCUCCUCAAGGACGACAAGGCGCCGCGCGACACCACGCCGCUGCUGACCGGCAAGGCCUCGGUCGUGUCCAUCUUCAGCAGCCAGUGGGCCGAGGCGCAGACCGACAGCUUCACCUCGGCCGCGGCCAACCCGGAGCUGCAGGCCAUCCUGAAGCAGCACGGCGGCGGCAGCGGCGACGGCGGCGACGGCCCCGCGCAGGUCGUGCGGGUCAACUACGAGGACAACGCCGGCAAGGCGUGGCUGGUGCGCAUGUUCAUGGGCUCGCUGCGCCGGCGCUUCCCCGAGCACGAGUGGGAGCGCUACCUGCUCGUGCGCCGCGGCAUCACCGACCACAUCCGCGAGUGCAUCGGCCUGCUCAACGGCAAGGUCGGCUACACCUACCUGGUCGACCAGCACUGCCGCGUGCGCUGGGCCGCCAGCGGUAACGCCAGCGCCGAGGAGAGGGACGGCCUCAACCGCGGCCUCGUCAGGCUGGUCGACGGCAUCAGGGCCGAGGCACGGCUGCCCGCCACGGCGCGAGAGCCCGUGCCCGGACGAAAGGCCAUCAAGGACCUCGCCGAGAAGCGGGCCGCCGACAAGGCGGAGGCAACGACGUGA